AUGAUAGGUGAUUAUAUAUAAAGGUUGCUUUCAUCACAGUGCUUUCAUCUAAAUCUGAGUCAAUUCAACGUAAUUCAACGAUUUCGAGGGUGCAGAGUCAGAAGUUAUAAGUAUUCAACACCAGUCGAAAAAGUAAUUAUUCCUCAAGAGUGACCGAUCAAAAAUGGAGCAUUUGGAGAUAAAAGAAGAAAACGUAAAAGUGUUGCAGGUGAAAGUUGUUAAAGCAACUGGUGUCAGUGUUGGUGGUUACUUUGGGGAUUGGGAGACACCGGACCCGUAUGUGAUGCUCAGAGUUCGCUCCAGUCCUAACGCGAAGCAAACAACCACGACCAAGAGAGAUGACGUCAAUCCUGUUUGGAAUGAAGACUUCGAAUUUUAUCUGAAUCCUGAACAGAAAAAUGUUCUUGAGGUGAUUAUGAUGGAUGCCGAUUUCGGUUUUGAUGACAAAAUAGGAAAUAAAAAAAUAGAUGUUGAUGGUUUACUUGAAAACGAAAAAAUGGAUGUGAAAAUUGGUUUUAACGAGAAAACUACGCUUGAACUAUCAUUGCUUGUCAUAAACGAUGACAGCAAAGAGUUGAGAUUUAGUUAUGACAUUAGUGACGAAGAGAAAGACUUUUUGAAGAAAAGAGAUGGAAUAUUGGUUGAGAAGUUUGCGAAAAUUGGUCUUGGAGAAAAAACCCCAAAGUCACAAGACGAGGUGCCAGUGAUUGCUAUCAUGGGAUCAGGUGGAGGUUAUAGAGCUGCUUGUGGAUUAUCGGGGGUAAUGGUUGCACUUCAAGAAUCCGGGAUUUUUGACUGUGCUACCUAUAUAGCUGGACUGUCUGGUUCCUCAUGGUAUAUAUCCUCAUUAUACAUGCAUGACGGCUGGCCAGAUAAAAUUUCAUGCAGAGAUAUGGCAGAUGAUCUGAAGGAGAGAUUUAAUACACCGUUGUUAAGUCAUUUCCAUUUUGAUUUCAAACGUCGUAUGGACGAGAAAGCAAAAGGCGGUCAACCUGUCAGAUUUACGGAUUUCUUUGGGAUGGCAAUUGGAGAUGCUUUGCUACCAAAUCAAGAAUCAAAAUUGAGUUUCCAAGAUAGCAAAAUUAAGUACGGGGAAGUGCCACUACCAAUCACCACCGGCAUUCGAGUCUGUAAAGACGUCGCAGCUGGAGCAUUCAGUGAAUGGGUGGAAUUUACACCGUACGAGUAUGGUUCAGCCAAAUAUGGUGUUUUUGGAAAGACUGAACAUUUUGGUGGGAAAUACUAUAAAGGUCGUUUGGUGAAGAAAUACAAGGAGACUCCAUUGCAUUAUUUACAAGGUAUUUGGGGAAGUGCCUUCAGUAUUAUUUUGGAUUCCAUGAAAUCACCUGAAAAGAAAACUGAAGAGCAGAGACAAGAGGAACUGGUAAAAGCUGUGCUGGAAGACGCAGGUCGGUGUAAAACUGAUGAACACGACAGUGAAGAUGAAGAAUUACCCGAAGACGAAAUGCCUAGUGAAAACUGGGUGACUGAGAUGUUAAACCCAUUCAAUAUAUUUUCAUCUCGUAGAGGAAAAGCUGCUGAAUGCUUUAACUUCUGUCGUGGACUGAAGUUUAAAUCACAGAAAAAUCCAGAUUUUGAUUAUGAUAAUCAUACUAGUAAAGACAAGACCAUCUGUGUUGUAGACAGCGGGAUAGCUUUCAACUCGCCAUUCCCUGCAAUAUUGAGACCUGAAAGAAAGGUUGAAUUGAUCCUGUCAUUUGACUUCAGUCAAAGAGAUGGUGGUGAUAAGGAAUUGCCUUUUAAGGAACUUAUGAAAGCUGAAGAGUGGGCAAAGCAAAAUGGUCAUCCCUUCCCACAAAUCAAGGGAAACCCCAUCACUAAAGACACCGACAUCCGUGAAUGUUACAUUUUUGAAAACAAAAAAGACAUCUCGUGUCCUAUUGUCAUGCAUUUCCCCAUUGUCAAUAAAACAUUCAGAAAAUUUGUCAAACCAGGUGUUCCUCGUAAGACACAGGAGGAAAAAGACUUCGCAAACUUUGAUAUCUUUGAUGACCCUGAACAACCUUACUCAUCCUUCACGUUCGAGUACGAACCUAAAACCUUUGAGCGAAUGCACGAAUUGAUGAAAUUCAACACCCUGCUGAACGUGGAUGCCAUCAAGGAAAAGAUCGCAUAUUAUGUGGGAUACAGACGAAACAAUCCCAAAUAUGCUAAAAAAUAAUAAGAACUUUUAGUGCUAGUGACUUGUGCUGUGUGUAGGAACAGCCACUUAUUCUAGUUAUAUCCACUGAUUCUAUUAAUAGCCACUUAUUCUGGUAAUAUCCACUGAUUCUAGUUAUACUCACUGAUUCUAGUAACAGCUACUGAUUCUAGUAAUAACCACUGAUUCUAGUUAUAUUCACUGAUUCUAGUAAUAACCACUGAUUCUAGUAAUAGCAUGCACUGGUUCUCAUCGCAUUUAUUAAACGCAAUUUGACUGCAUGUGAGUAGUUAUGUUUAAUACGAGUUUUACUGCUUUCCAUACCGCUACUGGAA